AGUACUUUUCAACAACACCACUGGACGGUCUGGUUUUGCAGGCUUCCGCCAUUCGCCUUUCUCUGCUGCUCCACCUUGCCGCCUUCAUUCCAUGCCUCCCUCUCUCGUUUCUCAUGACGAAGCCAACGGGACUUCUCGACAAACUCAUCAAGCCCUUUAAUCGCCGUCAUAAUCGAGAUUUUCGGAAAGAAGAGGAAGAUCUUGAGGCAAUCGCGGCCAAGGAGACCAAGGUCUUCCGCUACGAAACCCUUGCGGCCGCGACCCGCAAUUUCAGCGUCAAGCACAAGCUUGGAGAAGGGGGUUUUGGCCUUGUCUACAAGGGGCAGUUGGAGGAUGGGAGGAUGGUGGCAGUAAAGAGGCUGGGUCGCUGGUCUCUGAUGGGUGGCGAGGAGUUCACAAACGAGGCGAUGUUGCUCUCCAGGGUUCAGCACAAGAACGUAGUCACUCUCUAUGGCUAUUGUACGCACUUUGAAGACAAGCUCCUCGUGUACGAAUACGUUCUCAAUGAAAGCCUCGACAAGAUCCUCUUCUCCCGAGAAGACAAGGAAGCAACAAUGAUGUUUGAUUGGAAAAAGCGCUAUGAUGUGAUGAUUGGGGUAGCUCGAGGACUUCAAUACCUGCACGAGGAUGCACACACUCCUAUAAUCCAUAGUGACAUCAAAGCUAGCAAUAUCUUGCUUGAUGAGAGGUUCUGCCCAAAAAUUGCAGACUUUGGUAUGGCUAGACUCUUCCCAGAAGACCUUACCCAUGUCAACACUCGUGUUGCUGGCACUAAUGGCUACAUGGCUCCAGAGUAUGCCAUGUAUGGCUACCUUUCGACUAAAGUUGACGUCUUUAGCUUCGGUGUCCUCAUCAUUGAACUCAUUACAGGUCAAAAAAACUCAACGUUUACUCCUCGGUCUGAUGCUUCCACACUACUUGAAUGG